AUGUCCAUUGGCCCAGAAACCAAUGACACUCCUGCAGAAACAGAAAAGGCAAUUGCCGAACAGAGGAUUGCGAGUUCUGAAACAGAAAAGGAUGCAAUGAAGGACGAGAAGUGGGCAAAAGAAAUGGCUGUGGAGAUGGAUGCACUUGAAAAAAAUCAAACGUGGGAGUUAGUAUCACUGACUCCUGGAAAGAAAACAGUUGGGUGUCGAUGGGUGUAUAUAGUGAAGCACAAUUCAGAUGGUUCAGUGGACAAAUAUAAGGCAAGGCUAGUAGCGAAGGGUUAUACCCGGAAGUAUGGUGUGGACUAUGAUGAAAUUUUUGCACCAGUGGCAAAGAUCAAUACAAUCCGGGUACUUCUGUUGAUUAAUUUGAAUGAAGAAGUAUACAUGGACUUUGCCUCCGAGAUAUGGUACUUCCAUUGGAGUCAAGGUGGUGUGUCUUUUAAGGAAGUCCCUAUAUGGUCUCAAACAAUGUCCAAGAGCUUGGUUUGGCCGAUUCACGACAUUCAUGAGGAGGAUUGGUUCAUGCAUAAUCCUAGUAAGGCUCAUAUGGAAGCUGAAGUUCGGAUCUUGAGGCACUUGAAGUCUGCUCCUGGAAGGGGGUUGGUGUUUUCUAAGCAUAGGCAUUUGGAUGUUUUAGAGUAUACUGAUAGCUAA